AGACUCACUCUCACUCAUCCAAACCCCGCCAUCUUGUUUAGCAAGAAAGAACAGGAGGUUUUCUUUGUCCAAAUCUUUUUACUUUUUACUUAUCAUUAUACUUAUUGAUCAUCUGUUGAGUAGCAUUUAUCUAUAAUGGCAGCCCAAAAUGGACGUACUAAUUCCAAUUUAAUCGUUAAUUAUCUGCCCCAAACGUUCACUGAUCGUGAAUUGUAUAGCAUGUUCUCGACGAUCGGACCAGUUGAAAGUUGUAGGGUCAUGAAAGAUUUUAAGACUGGCUACAGCUUUGGAUUCGGCUUUGUGAACUACACAAAACCAGAAGAUGCUGAUCUCGCAAUAGAGAAGCUUAGUGGAACUGAGAUCUUCAACAAGAGAAUCAAAGUUUCUUAUGCGAGACCCUCUGGUGAUGAAAUCAAAGAUACAAACCUGUAUGUCACUAACCUUCCAAGGCACUAUACCGAUGCAGACCUGGAUGCACUCUUCAGCGGAUAUGGAACAAUUGUACAAAAGAAUCUUUUGUUGGAUAAAAUAACUGGAUUACCUCGAGGAGUCGCCUUUGUUAGAUACAACCGAAGAGAGGAAGCCCAAGAAGCUAUAAAACACUUGGACGGACAGAUUCCAGAUGGUGGAAGUGAGCGCCUGACCGUCAAAGUUGCUGAGGAACACGGCAAACAGAAAGCUGCUUACUUUGCUGGAUUUCACGCAGGUUUCGCACAAAGCCGAGGGAGAGGUGACAGUCGGGGGGGCAGGGGCACCGGUCGUGGCGGACCGAGCGUUCGUGGAAGUCUGCGUGGUGGACGUAGCAUCAACAAUGCCAACAACUUCAACAACAAUCAUCUCGUAUCUUACCCUCUACGGAACAAUGCCGGUUUUGGAGCGUUAAGACAAGAGAAGAUGCAACAGAGAUACAAUCCGCUCGGGUUUGGUGUCCCAAACAACGGAUAUGCAGCCUUCUAAAAUUAGGCGUAAACAUAAGUUGUAAAUAAGCGCUUUAAUUUAAGUUGUAAUUUUUUUAUGUGAACUGCCCGUCACUAUGGACCUGCUGGUCUGUGCGGUGAAGGGCCGUUACAGUAUAAGUAACAUGGACAAGCCAGUGGUGACCACAACCAGUCUCAAACCAGCCCAAGAUGCUACCACUGAACUUUACCAGUUAGUAAUGUAUAGUUGAAGUAGAAAUUGUUUUUAUAUACAUUUGUAAAUAUAUCUUGGUAAGAUAACGUUUUAUAAAUAAUAGAUAUAUGAAAUCAUUUAUUCUUUUUGCAAAUUUAAUAAUUUUUUUAUCAAAUCAAUAUAAAAUUACGCCUGUUGGCAAAAUAACUACCAUACGGAAAAUCCUUUUUAAGCACACUACAGAGUAAGCAGCUGGUUUCUGUACUCUUUGUAUACCAGAAAGUGGUUUCUAGAAAGAGACCAAUAAAGUCUGCUGUUGUAGUACGACACUUCCCCCAAAAGCAUACUAUGAGUUUCUUUAGUUGGCUCUAAAUAAAGUUACACAAUGAGUUUUUGUUAACAUAAUAUGUAAAUUUACAUAAAACACAGAUUCUUAAGGCACAAUCUGUUUUAUAAUUCUCUAUUGUAUAUAAAAAACUAUUAUAUAUCAACUAUAUUAUUAAGAAGCAUGAUUAGUUUGUAUAGUUUCUAAAUAAUUACCAUGAAAGUAUGCAUUCUUCUUGAAGAUCAACAAGAUUAUAAAUCAAUUUAUUAAUGUUGAUUUGCUCAUAAUUUAGUAUAUAGCAAAUAUAUAUUUUUACAUCAAUCGAGUUUUCAAUAGUCCUGUACUGAUUGUAUCAAAAAGGACACUACAAUUUAAGGCUAACUGUGUUACAAAUAAUUUGAAAGCGAAAAAUGUUUAAGAUGAAUUAUUCAGUUUAAGAGUUAUAAUAAUUUUAUUUAUGCAAGUUUAAGAAUUUUCAUUUCAUUUAGACGAGUUAAAAUUAUAAAGCCUUGGAGAAAAUUGUAGUCUUGAACCUGGACCUAGCUAAAUUGUUGUACUACUAAAGUUAAUUUACCUUAGGCUUUGAGUUUUCUCUAGGGUUAUUUUUUGGUUAUACACUAUUCCCUUGCAAUUUAUAAGAUAAGUUAUAAAGGGUAAGAAAUAUUGACAUUAGGUUUGUAAGGAAAUAAGUUGUUACCUGGUCAUUAUUUGCAUACUGUAAGCCUACAUGGUUUAUAAAUUGUGCAUUGAAUUUGAAAACAAUUCUAGCGAAUUUCCCGUUGAGGGAAGAAGCAAUUACCCUAGGUGGCACAUUAAGAUCCAAACCUGGGACAGAUUUACUUAACCAUCGUUAAACCACGAGUAUGAAGAUAAAAGAAUUGUAUUGAGUUUUUGAAAUCAAAUGUUUUAUCAAUAUUUUUUGUUAUGCCAUUGCUUUUUUGGAAACAUUCCACAGUUGAGAAAUCUUUAAGCUGAGUUUGAUUUAUCCGUGGUAUUUUGAGCGAGUCCAGGUUCGUCUCCAAUUAGUUAAAGAUUAAUCAACAAUAAAAUGUUUUUUGAAUUUAGUUUGUAUUUUCUUCUUUUUUUUAGAUAGUCAUGUAAGUAUAUGUUUAUUUUUAUAACGGUCAUUAUAAUAAUGUUCAACUUAUCUUAAACAUCAUUUUUGAUUUUUGAAGGUAAAAAUCUCUGUUACCUUUGUGUUAUCAUUGUGAAUUUUGUAAUAAAAUUAAAAAAAUUAUGAUUA